AGCGCGCAGUUGGAACAACGGCAAAACGCUCAAAAAUCCACUUGGAGUAGACUUGUACACAAAUAAAACAGCGGCGAGAAGUGCAGAGUAGCGAAACAUUUUCGAAGAUUACUUGUAUCGGAAUAUAGAUACGCACCGAGUUGACGCUUGAAUGCAAGUGGCCGCAACUUCAGUUGUAUUUGGCAUUCGACUGCUGUGAGUUCGUUUCUGUGGUGAAGUGUUUGCUGGAAGUGUAGAACAAAAAAAAAAUACAAAACAAAUUUUACUGUGACGAAGACAGCUAUGAAUGGCGCGUAGCGAACAAAAAAUUUAAUUUCGAAAAUUAUACAAAGUUUUGUGCAAAAAACAGUGUAUUUUGAAAAGCGAUAAAAAAUAAACGAAAUACUUAAAUAUUAGAAAAAAGAAAAACAUAAUAUAACAUCAAAAGUGUGUCGACCACCACCCAGCAACUUUUGACAAUUUCCGUGCGCUGUCAAACAGUUUUUUUUUGUAUUGAAGGCAUGUGUAUUAGUGAGCGGCAUACAAAUACAAGCAGCAGCGAGGCCAGUUUGACAAGUGUGUCAGCCAGAAUUUUCCAACAACAUUUUAGGUGCACGUGCAAAUAAACGCAUUUUUAUCGUAAACACGAGCAGCCUUAAUUUAAUUUCGUUUUGCAAUCAAGAACCCGUUUAAUACGGCGGCAAGCAGCUUUAGAACGCAACAAAAAAGUUAAAAAAAGCUGCUACCAAAACGACAAAAAAAUUAAAACGAUUUAGAAAACAGCAACUAAACCCGUGUAACUGUGUCGGGUCAUUGGACGCCAAACAAAAACAAUAAUUACAAAUAAAAAAGUAAUAUAAAUAAAUGCCGUUAGCAAAGUGAGCUGAGUGAGUGACUGACAGCAAAGUGUGCGUGCUAAACUAAAAUUGCUGCGCUAUCGCUCGAGUGCUGCUAAAGCAAAAAAAAACUAAAAAAAAAAAUACAUUUUUUAUAAUCUAUUUGUGCAAAUAAGUGCAGUGAAUUAGAACAUACACGCGAAAAAAAAAAAUUAAAUUAAUUCAAGCAGAAAAUAUUUGCGAUUUCAUAACUAAAAAAAAAUUGCAAAUUCAAGUUUCGCCAAAAACACAAAUUACAUGGUUUUAACAAAUUUUGCCGGUUUUUUGUGUUGUGCUAUUUUUGUUGCACAAGUGUAAUUAAAAAAGGGAAGCCGGUCAGUGCAACUAAAAAUAAAUCAGCACGCAUACACUCGCACUCACCGCGCAGAGUCAACAAACACAUUUUGAAAUACACACACACGUCGAGUGCAAGCAAAGUGAAGUUGAAGGGACGACGCAGCAACAAUUCGCAAUUAUGGGGCAAUACAAGCAACUACAACAACAACCGCACAGUCAGCGGUGGCGCGUAUGCGGUUUGUACGCGUUCGCAAUUUUGUGCCUCUGCAGUGCAUUAAUAGAUCUCACACAUGCUGAAGUCAAACCAAAAUUGGAAAUUUUUCCCAUGCAAGAAGUACAAAGGAAACCAGUUGGCAAAUCAUUGAUUCUAACCUGUAAACCGAUUGUGGCUGAUCCGAAUUUGGUAUCGGAUUUGCAAUGGAAGGAUAAUAUGAAUAAUACAAUAUUGCCCAAACCGAACAAAUACUAUUAUCCACUGUAUGAUUCCAAAGGACGUAGAUUACCCGCUGUGUAAGUGUAAAAAACACUCACUAUCUUUCGCUCAACGCUAAUGUUUGUGUGCCUAAACUGAAUGAGUCAUCAUUAGUUAAUGCGUUUUUUUUAAUAAACACCGAAGCA